UUGUUGAAACAACUUUUUUCCUAAAAUUAUAUUACACAUAGUUUCUUUUAAAACAAUUUAUUGUUUUAUUAACGAUUUCCACAAGUUGUCUAUUAGAUAUGUAAUAUUGAAACAAAUGCAAACGACAUUUAUGACAGAUUGUUCUUUCCUUGGUUACUGGUUAUUUUGUGUACGUAUCGAGUUAGAGUUUGAAUUUAUUCGAUUUCAUUUAAAUUGUUUUAUUGUACGUAUAGUUCGUUCAUAAAAUUUGGUAUUCCUUGUUGAUGUGCAGAAGAUAAAAUGUGCGAUAAACGUAAUAGUUUUUGUUAUAUAUGUGGCUAUUUUGUGGACAAUCGCCAUCGGUACAAAUUUGAAAGCAACAAAGUUGCCAUUGAAGAAUAUAAUAAAUUAUUUAAUACUUCUUAUGACGGUAGUUCUUGGUAUGAGCCGGAGUACAUAUGUUUACUUUGUUUAACAAUACUUAAAAUAGGAAAAUCCAAAAAUAACGAAAAGCACACUUCCUUGCCCUUCUCGGUUCCAAUGACAUGGCAUUAUCAAGUUUAUCAUAAAUCGGAUGAUUGUUACUUUUGUCAAACAAAUAUUGUAGGUCAUCAAUAUAAAACGCGUAAGUUAAUAAAAUAUGCCGAUGUUUUGACUAUCACAAAACCAGUACUUCUUGAGUCUUCUAAGACUGAAAAAGCGGAAAAAGAGGAAUUGCCUGAUUAUUUUGAUCAAAAGAUGAAUGAUCUAAAGAUUUCUGAAGAUACAGAUUAUGUUCCACCCUCAUCGUGUUCAAAGGAACCACAUUUUGUUUCAAAUCUGGAUUUUAUCGAUCUUUUACGCGAUCUAAAAUUAUCUGGAAGACAGUCUGAAGUCCUUGGUUCUAGAUUAAAACAGUGGAAUUUGGUCGAAAGAGAUUUUAAAGUAACUUCCUGCAGAAAUAAUGAUAAAAAUUUGUUUAAAGAAAUUUUUAAAACUGCCAAUGACUGUAGCAAUCUCGUGUAUUGUUCGAACAUUCCAGAGUUAUUUUCAAUUUUAAAUCACGAUUACAUACCAGAGGACUGGCGACUAUUUAUUGAUGGAUCAUGCAAAAGUUUGAAGGCUGUAUUGUUGCAUAAUGAGAAUAAACUCCCAUCAGUUCCUUUAGCGUAUGCAACUGAUUUGAAGGAAACAUAUGGGACAUUGGCAAAAAUUCUUGAAUCCAUCAAUUAUGCUGCCCAUGAAUGGAAAAUUGUCAGUGAUUUAAAGGUUUUAACAAUUUUGUUAGGGAUGCAAGGUGGUUAUACGAAAUAUCCUUGUUAUUUCUGUGAAUGGGAUAGUCGCGCACCAAACAAGUAUGAUCGAAAAGAAUGGCCAGCACGUAAAAUGUUUCAGCUUGGAAAGAAAAAUGUUUUAAACAUUCCUCUAGUGCAACCAGAAAAUAUUAUAUUACCACCCUUACAUUUGAAACUUGGCUACAUGAAGCAAUUUGUUAAAGCUUUAAAUUCGAAUAGCGAAGCAUUUCUACAUCUUCAGAAAGUGUUUCCUAAAUUAAGUGACGCUAAAAUUAAAGCAGGUACGGCAGAUUAGGUUGUAAAAUAUUUUUUUAGGCCUCAAUUUUGCUGAAAUAAAUUACAUUAAUCACGAUAUUAACUGAAUUCGUGGUCUUCGUUGACUUAAUACUAAGUAAGCAUACAUAUUAAUAUUUAAAACUAAUUUUCUCAUACUUUGUAGGUGUAUUUGUUGGACCUCAAAUAAGAAAGAUUAUGCGAGACAAAGAGUUUGCUGAUAAAUUAAAUGAUGUAGAAAGAAGAGCCUGGGAUAGUUUUAUUUCAUUGUGCAUUAAUUUUCUUGGAAACCAUAGGAGUGACAACUAUGUUGAUGUUGUCCAAGAAUUUUUGACAGCAUAUGCUGAAAUGGGAUGCAAUAUGUCAAUUAAGGUCCAUUAUUUACACUCCCAUUUGGAUUUUUUUCCUGACAACCUUGGUCAGUUCAGUGAUGAACAAGGGGAGAGAUUCCAUCAGGAAAUUCAGCAUAUUGAAAAACGCUUUCAAGGGAAAAGUUCUGUAAACAUGAUUUCAGAAUAUUGUUGGUCUCUGAAACGAGACACUGAUGAUUCUUUGUUCAAAAGAAGUACAAAAAAUAAGCAUUUUUAAUUCAGAUUGUACUUUGUUUCUUAUGAUUAAAAUAUUCAGUUCACAAUUAAUGAAAUUGUUAAAAUUUACAAACGAUUUCAAGAUACUUAAUAUUUAUGUUAAGAACAUAAUUUACUACAUUGUAAAAUUUGAAAAAAUGUUGUCAGAAAUCAAUAACAAAGAAUAAGCAACAAAUAUAGGUAAGAAAAAAAGAAAAUACUCUCUUAAGCAUAAAUUCAAUAAUAUGACUGCAAAACUAAAAAAUGGAAUAACUCAGUCAAUUUUUAACGAAUUCUUUUAUACAAUAUUGCAUUCGACGCAGGAUUAAAUACUCUUUAAACAUGUGAUUGAAAAAAACUACU